AUUCUUGAAUCCGAGUUAGUUGAUUCAGAAUCACAAUCGGUUCAUGAAUCAAAGUCCGUAGAUUCAGAAUCAUCAUUCCUUGUUGAAUCAGUGGCAGUUGAUUCAGAAUCAGCAUCACAUCUUGAAUCAGAGUCAGGAGAUUCAGAAUCGAUUCUUGAUUCAAAGGCAGUUGAUUCAGAAUCUGUAGAAGCUCCUGAAACAGACACAUUACUGAAAUCUACUGAAGAGGACUCUGAUAGCGUUCAGCCAAAGACAGAUGUUUCAUCAGAACCGAUAUCUGAAUCUAAAGAUGCACUAACAGAAGAUAUUCCAAUAAGCCAAGAUGCUGAGGUCAUUUCAGAGGAUGUAGAAACCGAACCAUCAGAUUCUGAUGCGCAAGAUAUUGAUUAUUCUGAGCUUUUGCACAACCAAAGUGACUCUGAUUUUGAGCCACUUGAAACACAAACAGCAGGUUUAGACGUAGCACAUGAAGAACCUGCUAAACUAGAGCUAAACGAUAAAGAUAUACCACUACAAACACCAGAGAAAACACUCGAGGAUGAGGACAGGUCAAGCUUUAAAGAUGCUUUCAAAACAGAGCAUGAAGGUGUAACACAAGAGACCGAAUCUCUUGAGGAACUCACCAAAGAGCCACUUUCAGCUGCUGAUGUUGAAGAACAAGCUGGUCUUGAGGUCACGCAUGCACAAAGUGAUUUUGAAGAACUGGCUAAUGCAGAUGAAGCCAUAAACAUUAAAAUCCCAGAAUCUUCUCAUCUUCCACAAGACGCUAAAACUCCUUCGGAUGCGAGCGAAAACGUCCCAUCUGAACCAGCAUUGGAAACGCACACUGAGUCCAGAAAAGCACCGCCGGCAUUAAACGUUAGUGAAAUCACUGAAGAACAUGAUCCAAAGAAGUUAGACACGAACAAGAUGGAAAACAGUGAAGACCUUCUUCAGAAGGCCAGCAUGAACAAGAAUGAAAAUAUUGCAGACGAUCCUCAGGAUGCACUUACGAACAACAGCGAAAAAGUGAGUGAAUCGAUUGGCGAAGAUGAGAAGUUAAAGGAGGAACUUGUUACAGAA